AUGGCGAGCAAGCAUGGUAUAAGGAUUCCAGGACUGUUGUUGGAUGAGCUGAAGAGCCGCGAUUAUAGUAAAGACGACAGAUUUAAUGAGCCUGCUAAGGCCAAAGGCAAGAAACGUAAUCCCAAAGGUCAGCUAGGUAGAAAAGAGAGAAGGAAGCAACAGAGGUUGGAGAAGAAAUCUACUAAGAAGGGCAAAACUUCAGGUGAAGAUGUGCGAUUGAAGACAAAGGAAAUAGCUAAGGCUAAGCCUAGUAAAGUCAAAUACGAAGAGUCUGCGCCUGCUAACAAGAAAAGUAAGGAAAUCAAGACAGAUCUACCCUUCUCUUCAGAUGAUGAGCUUUCUUCGGGGGACUUUGACGAGUUUGAUGAGGAUGAUCUGGAUGAGGAAGAAUGGGAACAACUACGAGAACUCGAAGGUGAAGUCGGCGGAGAAAGUGAUGAAACCUCGGAAGUUAAUGAGUUUGAGGAAGAGGAGGAUCUUGAUGACGAGGAAUUGUCUGAGGACGGUAAGGACCAUGACGGGAUGUCCGUCGAAGAAACAAUGGCAGCGCUGAAGGCUAUGAAGCAGAAGAAAGUAAAAAAAAUGCAAGACAAAGAAGUAGUAGAAGAAGUAGAAGAUGAGGACAUGGAUGAGGACGAAGGUGAGGAUGAGGAUCAUCACGAGAAUAAUCUAUCGGAAGAGGACGAAGAGUCUGGUGAUAAGGAGAUGUCCGUUGAAGAGACGAUGGCCGCACUUAAGGCCAUGAAAGCAAAGAAGAAUAAAAUGAAAGAUACAAAGAUCAAUAAAUUAGAGGAAGAAGAGGUAAGUGAUGAAAGUGAAGGCAAGGAAAUAUCUGUGGAAGAAACAAUGGCUGCACUAAAGGCUGCUAAAGAGAAUAAAAAGAAGACUGAACGUUUUCCAGCCAGCGAAAAGAAAGAUAAAAAAAGACCAAAAUCAAAGGUCAUAGAAGUUGACUACCCAAUGGCUCCCUCUGAUCGUGCAGCCGCCGAACGGGAUGAAAUGGACAUGCAAUACUAUGCCAAGAAGCUUGGUCUGAAAGGUAAAUCCAAAAAAAUUCACGCAAGGGACGAAUUUGAUGCCAUAGGUGGUCUUCUAGACGGCCUGGAUUAUUUUGAUGGUUACGGGGCUGAGGAUGAGGACUACGGUGAGUAUGCCUAUGGUGAUGAUCGCCGCAAAGAAUCAUCCGAUGAAGAGCAGGAUGGCGAAGAGGUUCCGGCUUUUGGAUCAGAUGAUGAGCUAUCGUCCGGAGAUUUUGAUGAAUUUGACGAAGAUGACCUUGAUGAAGAAGAAUGGGAGCAGCUUCGAGAGCUUGAGGAAAGGGAUGAUGAAAGUGGGGACGAUGAGAAAGCCAAAAUAAAAGGGAAAAGAGUCAAAGAAAAUCCUCUUGUUGCACCAAUUGAGCCAGGAACUGAGGCCUAUGUUCCACCAUCACUCAGGAAAAAGAUGUUGGAAGGUGAUGGGGAAUCGGCUGUUGAAGUUGAAGUCAAAAAAAGUGUUAAGUCAUCGCUUAAUAAACUAUCAGAUUCCAACUUGACAGUAAUUAUCAGCGCUUUGAACGACCUCUAUGCCAAACAUGCUAGACAAAUUGUUACCAAAGUAAUCAUUGACCAAGUCAUCGACAUCAUAGGACAAAGGAACAAGUUGCUAGACAGCUUUAUUAUCAAUUACUCGGCCAUCUUAUAUUCUCUUUGGAGGCUAAGAGGCACUGAGACUGGGGCGUCAUUCAUACAGUCGGUCGUUGAGUCGUUUCUUAAUCAUUUUGAAGAGCAGAUUACAAGGUUAGACAAGAAGAAGACUGAAGAUCAGGACGAAAUUGUUCUUCUCUCCAAGGAACCCGCAAAUCUUUUGAGUUUACUUGCCUACUGUUACAACUUUGGUCUCAUAUCAAGUAAGCUGAUUUACGAUUUAAUCCGCAUUUUUGUUGAAGCUCCAAAUGAACUGACUACAGAGCUACUUCUUAGGAUUAUUUCUAUCUCAGGGUCGCUAAUUCGUGGUGAUGACCCAUCUGCUUUGAAAGACAUCAUAUCAGUAUUGUUAACUAAUAUCAAAUCCAUCGAGAAGCAACCUCCGAGAAUGAAGUUUUUGCUGGAUACAGUAUCUGAUCUGAAGAACAAUAGACUGAAACCAUCUAUGGUGGCCACAUCGCACCAAAAUAUGAAGAAGUCGUUAAAUUCAUUCCUUAACGUCGGCUCAACUUCCAGUGAAGCGCUACUAGUUUCGCUGGAUGACAUCAAAAAUGUUGAUACUAAAGGUAAGUGGUGGUUAAUUGGUGCUUCCUGGAAGGGCAAUAUGGAUAGCGCAUUCGAAGAGGCGCCAGGUGGAGGCUCCAAAGUGUCUACCAACGGUGGCAAUCAUAUGACCAUCGAUGACGAUUUGUUGGAUGACACACCUGACUGGUCAGAAAUUGCCAGGCGGCAACGUAUGAAUACAGAUAUACGUCGUGCAAUUUUCAUUAGCAUCAUGUCUGCACAAGACUAUAUGGAUGCUUUCACCAAACUUGAAAAAUUGAACCUGAAGAAGAAGCAGGCUCUAGAGAUUCCUAGAGUGAUACUUCAUUGUCUGUCCCAAGAUGGGGCCAGUAAUGGGUACAAUCCAUAUUACGCGGCACUUACAAAUAAGUUAUGUGAGAAUCAACAUGGUUUGGUGAAAUCCUUUCAAUUCCAGUUCUGGGAGAUUGUGAAAGCAUUUGAGGAUGAUGGGUUAGAAAGGGAUGUGGAAGAUAACGAAGAUCUCGACGAAGACAGAAGAUUGAAGAAAAUAGCGAACCAAGGAAAAUUUUUCGGAUCAUUGAUUGCAGAAGGCACUUUGAAACUCGAUGUACUCAAACACGUAUCUUUGAUAAGUGGUUUGACAUCGGAUGGUGUUCAAUUUAUGGAGCUUUUACUGUUCCAGAUGUUAUUAAGCGCAGCUAAAAGAUCAGAAGUUAAGACAAAAGACGCUAAUAACAAGAAAAGCAUAACAUACCGUGAUGAUAUUCUUCACAACAUUUUGGCAAAUGGCAUCAAGAGCGAAAAUAGGCCCAUUAUUUUGAAGGGACUGCGAUUCUUCUUGAAGAAGCAUUUUAAAUACAAGAAUUAUAUCGCAAUGGGUCCCGGAGAUAAAAGUUAUGAUAGAGAUACAAGAAGACUGAAGUGGGCAGUCUCCAAAUUUGCUGAGCUCAUAGACGAGGAGCUUGAAAACGCCGAUUAUUAG